GACAUCACUGAUAGAAGGCAAAUCACAAUGAGGGAAGGACAAAUUCUCAUUUAGUCACGCGAAUCGGUCACAAAUUUAUGCCUUGCCACCUUGCCGUGGUGAUAUUUGGGCAGUGCUGAUGAGCUGGGCACCAAAUAGAAGGGAUCAGUGAGCUGUACGUUAGUACACACUGAGACUCCGAGAUCUCGGCCCAUGUGGCUACAAGAAGGAUAGAGAAUGAUACAUUUAUACAAUGAGUAGGGUUAAGAAACUUGUCCUACCUCCUUCGCCAUUCAAUGGAGUGUUGACACAUCUACGUCAGCCGCUAAUAUGGGCUAGGCUGGAAUGUGAUGUGAGAAUAGAAGAUCUGCAAACAAAGAGGUUCGAUGAGGCACUAUCUUUGUUACAAGAUCACUUCUUCCUGGAGGAGACUCUAUGCCGCGCAAGCGAGCUGGCGACGGAGCCGGAGUCUGUGCAGUCGUACCUGGAGGUGGCCAGGAAGUGGAUGCAGGACGGCGCGUCGCUGUGCGCCAUGGACCAAGAGUCCGGCGCCAUGGUGGGCGUGCUGGUGGCCAGGGUGGCCAGCCGCCUGGAGCACUCCCUCACCCAGGAAAAGCUGCAGCUGCUGUUGUUACAGGGAGAAGCUUUCCUCAAGGUGAUGAGUCUUCGUUGUCACAUGGCUGCAGCUGGAAACAUUUUUGAAAACUUCGAUACAGAUUCUUUCUUUCAUAUUCACGCAAUUUGUGUGAAACCAAAAUUUAGAGGCAGAGGCAUCGGCAUGGGGCUGCUGCUGAGCGGCGCGCGGCUGGCCACGGCGCUGAGGCAGCCGGCGCUGGCGGGCGUGUUCACGAGCGACCGCGGCCAGACGCUGGCGCGCAAGCUGGGCAUGGGGGUCGCGCACGAGGUCAGCUACGCCGACUGGACCGACGAGGAGGGCGAGAUCGUGUUCGACAACCCGGGCCGCGGCAACUACUCCAGCAUGGCGAUGGCCAUGCGCGUCCCGCGGCUCUUCUCCGAGUCCACUAUGUACUCCCUGGGGCAGGGGCUGGACUUCUGACCGACCUGGCUUCCGCCGUUCAAGCUGUUAGACCGUGUUCACCGCAACAACCUAGAACUUUAUCUUUCAAACUUAAGAAAAAUUAUUUUUUAAUUUUUUUUUAAAUUUGAAGUACAUUAUGUUUAUGGAAAUCUUCGUGUUUGAAUAAAAUUUAUUUGUAUUUCCUCAUAAAAAAAA